CAGGGAAGGAUCCGUUUUGGCGGGCGGUUGGCGUUGCGCAGAAGGCAGCGGCAGCGGUGGCUUGUGCUGCGGCCUCACCACAAGAGGAAAGGGGCAGACGUUAGUGUGUGUGAGCCCUCUCGAUCCCGGAGCUCGCUCUGCCUGGCUCCUGAAAGCACGCGUGCUCUCCCUUAGGGUCGGCUUGGAUGGCCCAGGAUUGAGUUCUCUUGUGUAUCUUGUCUCGGCCAGCGUGUUUUGCUGUUUCUAGUCUAAGAAACCCCGUGACCUUAGUCCUUCAGGGCAACAGCGUGCAACAUGGGAAAGAAAACCAAGAGGACAGCGGACAGUUCUUCUUCAGAGGAUGAGGAGGAGUACGUGGUGGAGAAGGUUCUAGACAGGCGCGUGGUUAAGGGGCAGGUGGAGUAUCUGCUGAAGUGGAAAGGCUUUUCUGAGGAGCACAAUACUUGGGAACCUGAGAAAAACUUGGAUUGCCCUGAGCUAAUUUCUGAGUUUAUGAAAAAGUAUAAGAAGAUGAAGGAGGGUGAAAACAACAAACCCAGGGAGAAGUCAGAAAGCAACAAGAGGAAAUCCAGUUUCUCGAACAGUGCUGACGAUAUCAAAUCAAAAAAAAAGAGAGAGCAGAGCAAUGAUAUCGCUCGGGGCUUUGAGAGAGGACUGGAACCAGAAAAGAUCAUUGGAGCAACAGAUUCCUGUGGCGAUUUAAUGUUCCUAAUGAAAUGGAAAGACACAGAUGAAGCUGACCUGGUCCUUGCAAAAGAAGCUAAUGUGAAAUGUCCACAAAUUGUGAUAGCAUUUUAUGAAGAGAGACUGACGUGGCAUGCGUAUCCUGAGGAUGCGGAAAACAAAGAGAAAGAAACAGCAAAGAGCUAAAGGACGGGGGUGGUCUCUGUCAUUUCUCUUUGUACAUAAUACAUUCACCUCCCUGCCUCCUCUUCCUCUGCCCGCCCCUGUCUCUCCUAAACACAUCCAUAAACAAUGUGCUUAUCACUGUGCUCCACAGGGGAAAUGUUGGUAUUGGUUCUCUUGUAGCAUAACUGAUGGUCUGAGUCAUGCUGAGUGUGUCUCUGUGAAGACCAGGCAUUUGCAUACUGUAACUCCCUCCGUUUGUUUCCUUUGCCCUGAUUUCUUCCUCCUGCUCCCCUGUGACCUCAAGAUAAGUUUUACCUUUCCAGUCACCUUAGAGUCCUAAUCUUUCCAGGGUUGGUCACUUUGUAGAUUGGGGGAUUUUCGUGGUGCUGAUGGUUCAUCUUGGUGUCCUGCUUUGGUUCUUAGAACAUACAGAUGACCAGCUGGCCUUUGUUCUGACGCGUUGGGAUGGAAAGGAUGUUACCCAUCUUUCAAAACGCCUGUGCAGCUGCCACCUGUGGGGGUUUCGCAGCCUAGUUUAGCUCCACCCAGGGGAAUACAGGGUUCUUUACUGUGGCCUCGAGGGCCAGCCUCUGUUCGUCCUCCCCCUUCCUGAGAACAACUCCAGCCCUGGGAGAACUUGAUGUUUUGUGUUGAAAGUUUGUGAAGGCACUCCUUUUAGUCUUGAGACCUUCAGCCCUGUUCUUCAGCAAUCCCUAAUUCUUCUGCAAGGUGGUGUCUUAAAAUGGCCAGGUUGUUCACUGUGCAGGCUGUUAGCUGUGUAGCCCAAGAGGAUGAGGGCGUGGGAGGCGGAUGAGAUUGUCUUCUUAACCAUGUUUGUAUGUUUGUGUGCUUUCCUUCCAUCCCUCCUAUUUAGGUGAUGUAUUUAUGUAGGUGUGAAUGAUUGCCUGGUGCUUGCUUGUGCCAAGGUGCUAGGCACCCUCCAACCCUGCCAACUUCUGUGGCCUCCCAAAGCAUUCCUGUUACCAAAGAGGCUUCAACCUGAGUCGCUUCACAGCGGACCCAAGCUCCCCUCCCUCCCACUCCAUGCCGCUGUUUUCCAUGGAGAAUUCUUGGAGGGGAACCCACUGGCCAGUGUCAGCUUGCAGUGUUCGUCAUGGUUAGCAAGAUCCUGCUUUCUUGACUCCUAGACUGCCACCAAGAUCCCCCAAAGUGUUAACUGUUCCUGCUCCCACUUUCCCCAGUUUUUAGAGUGUGUUUGCCAUGGAAUACUUGUCACCUCAGAAAACAACAGCUCCCCCUAACCCCCCCGCAGCACUAGUGUGUUGACACAAUCUUCUCUUCCUAUUCAGCACAAUUUUUCCCUUGUAUUUUGUUGUUGUUUUUCCCUUUGCUUGCUUUGUUCUUAUGUUGAGAGGGUGUUGUUGUUUUUUUUGUUUUUGGGUUUUUUCCCUGAUCAUAUUCUGCAUUUGUACCCCAAGAAUUACCCUCCUUCUCCCCUUACUUUCUUUUGUGUAGUCAAGGGAGGCUGGAGAGUCAGGGCUAAAAGUAAGGAAGUAGCAGGGUUUUGUGCAUCUUUGUCCCAGCCCCAAAGCUGAGGAAAUAAGAAUAAAUGCUUGAAAUAGCCUUAAUUCUAGAGUUCAGCAGCCACUGAGGCUGUUUUUGUUGUUGCUUUUUUUUUUUUUUUAAACAUAUAGCUGUCUGGCCAGGAGCAUUCAGCCAUUUCUAGAUUAUUCAUAAUGAGGGGAAUGCAUGGAUUGCUUCAGUCUACAGAUGAGCCAAAUAAUAUGCAAAUCAUAUCCCCAUUCAUAGCAUUUGUUAACACUGCUUCCCUGCUCAGCUGCUGAUUGAAUUCUGUGUGCUUGUAUAAAUUAUGUCAAAAAUUAGACUGCACAGUUGAGGAAACAGCUGUUGCUGCAGUGACGUGACAGCCUGGAACAAUGCAGCUCUUGGUUGAAGCCGGCUGAGAAAAUCCUCCUGCAUGAUAACAUGAGUGGGCGAGCACUCGUAACGCAGACUGCAGGAGGGUGGGAGUUGUUGUCUCCAUACUUCUUGGCUCUCUGAAGGAAUUAAAGGCCUAGGUCAAGUGGUGGGUAAUGGACAGUUGUCAGUACUUAACCUGAUGGGCAUCUGGAAGUAAGGAAGGGUCGUCAGAAAAUGGGCUUGUCGCAGGAGUAACCCAGGACAGCAAUUAGGGUAGGCAGGACCAGGACAAAGACAGGCUGGAGCUCCUGUGUCUGGCGUUCUUCAUUUGCAGCUGGAGGAAAUGAUAGCCUUCCCAAGUCAACAGUGGGCAUAAAAGCUGCAGAGAAGUGUUUUCAAACCAGAAAUCGUAACACGUAGUCAGAGGACGUGACAGUGUGUUGUGCAGAGGUUGGUCCUGAGAUGCCUGGGACACAGGGUUUCUGUGGCUAUAGGUGCUGCCUAAGAUAUUCGUCACAGUCUGGUUAUGUUUACCAAGGUCACCCCAGCCCCUUCACUACUCUCAUUCCCUUUUUCUGCCCUCGGUGUAUUAAAUGAUGUGCCACCAAAACAACGCUUGUUGUCUCCCGCCUACGCCCAGCUGAUGCUGCAGGGAUGUAGGGAGCCAGAAGCUAAUGCUAAAUUCAGCCUUCAGCACCCCAGGAACCCAGAUGUCUGCCUAACGCUCUGUUAGUGUUGGGGAGCAGUCCUUACCCCUGAAAAGCAGCAGCCUCAAGCUGAAAGCUGUUUCCAAGAACAGUUUCCCUUCCAGACGGUAGCCAUUGAUGGAGCCCCUCUUUCAAUGCCUACGGUCCCUCAGAGGUAUUUUCUGUGUGGUUAGCUAGUCCUCUUUGUUCCCAGAGCUCAGCAUUAGUGAUCUGGUUCCGGGGGGAGUGGACCAGGGACAGCUUAGCUUUUCUAAUCUUUCCAAUCCCUGGGCUGAACACAUGGCCUGUAUGGAGUUUAGCUGUUGGGAAAGUCGGCUGGCACAACAGCGCCCAUGCUGAAGCUGGGGACACCCAUGUUGUUUCCUUUGUCAAGCUGCAGUCCAGGUUCUGGCAGCUCCAAGGAGCAUUCGGGCUUGUCCUGCUCCUGACACUCGGCAGUCUUGGGUGGCCUUGGCUGUCCCCCAGCCGUGCCUGCACACUGCUGUCUGUUGAUCAAGGGUGGCGCCUGCAUUCAUCUAGCCACCGUGCAGACCAUUUUUCUUACUCAGAUCAAGUGACAGGAAGGUUUGGGAGUCUUAAGGUUUGACUGGAUCUCUGAUGAGUCUAACUCACUUCAGAGAUGAUGAGCGCUCUAAGUUCUCUGCUCCACCCUGGGAACAGCUGUCUGUGCCCUCAGGGUUCAAAAUUUGGAAGGUUUCUGAUAGCAUUUUGCAAUGAUACGAGUGCCCAGUUAGAUUUGAAAUGAGAAAACUUACAAAUCAGGUCAAAGGGAAAGCUUGUUUGAGCUCUGUGACACUCUCCAUGCUUUUGACUUAGAUUUUUAGCGUAAAAAUUGGUCUUGAGGUCUAUACGUUCAUAAGCAGACCCAGCAAGUGUGCCUGUGGCAGGGCAGAGGGAGGGUCUGGAGUCAAUAGACUUCAUUUUUGUGUGGACUUCUCACUGAUCAUAAAAAUUGCUUUUAUUUUUUUCUAAAGUUAUUUGCAAAAAUAAGAACUGUAAAAGUAGAUGGUCUGAAUUGGGUUCCCUUUCUACCCACUUUGCAGAGACUCAAACUCCAGCCCCAUUCACACAUAUCUACAUUGGUAUUACUCGGCUAAUGUGGGGUGAACUGACCAACUGAAUGAUUGGUGUGGAAAAUGCUGCCUGUGGGUACAAGGGCCUCAUUUGGGGGGCACCUCUGGCUGGUGUUUAUGUGGUUUCUGGCCCCUGAGGGACAUGAAUUGGUUCCUUUGUGAAAAAGACCAUAGGUCCACGGGUGGAACCGAGACGGCUACAAACACAGCAAAGCUUGUUUGAUUCCAGAAAAAAAAAAGUAUGACUGAGGAUUGAAAAAAUGCUGUUGCUACUGGGAAAGACAGACAAUAGAUGAGAGGGGAUUAAAAGCCCUAAGUUUGAUCACUGGUGUAUACUCUGCCUAAGUGCUUAGUGGUUUCGUGGCCUGUGGAAAACAGUGGUGAACAGUUGAAGAUAACAGUUGUGAUACCAGACAUUGUAUCAGAAUUGCUCACACCUUUUGAGUUUGUCUUUCCUUUGGGAGCAAUGCAGAUGAGGCUAAGCCUGAGUCAGGGAUGCACCUUGCCAUGACCAGCGAACAGCCAGAAAAGAAGGUCGGGGCAUGUGUGCUGCUGCCUGAGCAUCCUCCGUGGCUAGUGUAGCAACAGUGUAGUUUCUGAGCAGGGAUUUGGUAUGGUUAGUUGAGAACUGCCCCCCAGAAGGGUGUGUACUCCCCUGGAGGUCUGCCAGUCUGGGGAGAAGCCUCAGGUGGCGGGAAGGUCUCCAGCUGCCACCCUGGUGACCUACAGCACAGGGUAGUGGAACGCCACCUGAAUGAUUGAGAGUAUUCAGAGUACCUGUUCUGGAAAGUUGCUAAAGCACAGAGUUCUUUGGAUAACGUCAUAAAAAGCAAUUCUAGUUUCUUUCUGCUUGCGCUAAAUUCCUUGAAUUUUAAUCUACCUCAUCUUGUCUUUUCAGUCACUUCAGCUUGUUGCUGCCUUGGCAGUAUGUUUGACUUGCAUUUGCUAAGGUGGAAUUGUUGCUAUUCACUGCUAGCUCAUUUUCUCGCCUUUUCAUCUGAGUCCUCAUUUCGCUUAACAUCAUCUCAUAUUGCUCCUCUGUCAGGAAAAAAGGGCUUAAAGUAGUUGAAGGAAAUCUUUCUUUGUGGGAUGAAAGUGACCGUCCAAUGCUCUUUGUCUCCGAGGUCAGUACGAGAAGGAGUUAAAACAAGAUGGUAGGGGAGGGGAAGGACCCUGCACUGGAGGCAAAAACUGACAAGGAAAGAGCCAUUAAUUAAGACAAUUUCAAAGUCAACCGAUUGUGAUCGUUAAUGUCACAAUAGAUCAAAACCUAAUUAUCACAGCCUAGGUAAGCGCCAUCAGUAUUAAUCGGAAAAUCUAAUAGGAAACUAUUAUCAGGAAAUUAGGCCAAAUGGAAUGCAGUGAACUUUUUAUCCUGUCAUUCUGUUUUUUUGUGAUGUCUCCUGGCAUUGGCAGGUGUGACCCUUAGCACUUGGCUCUGAGCCUGAGUGGCCAGUUUGCUACAUUUUUUAAGGAAUUAUUUUUCUUUUAGAAUUCCUAACAUAGCCUGAACCUGAACUCCCAUUGCUGAAGUAUCAGUCUUGAACUUGACCAUCCCCAAGACUUGGCCUAGUAUGAGGAGCAGUCAGUGAGAAAAAGUUACUAUUUAGGUCUUGGAAUGACUGCUGCCACUCAGAGUGUGCCCAGUGAGUGUGACGCUGCAGGGGGUGAUUGGUCAUUCCCCAGGAGGGAGAGAGAUGGAAGGGCUGUCUGCUUGGAAAUUCUCCGUGGAUGCCUGAAAAGGACACGUGUAACUGUGACAGCUCUUUGGCUCCAGUCAUUGUGGCCCAGAUUCUAGUGGCUUGAAGUUUGGAUUAUAGACCAGAAUCAGCCAUUGGUCUUCCCCCUGCUCCCCACUUUGCCCCACUCUGUGUCCCUGGUCCGAGUAAAAGGGACAGAAUCCCAGAGUAAAUCAGGUUUUGUUUUCUUUAUUUUUACCCUUCUUGUGUUUAAAAACAGGUUCUACUUUUGGCAGGAAAGACUCAAAUUCUCAGUGUCUGUAAUGGGUUCCAGAGGAACACUUCAUCCGCUCUGCCUGAAGGGCUAAGUGGGGCUCACCAGUUUCUUUAAUUUUGAACUGGGCGCUGAAGCAGAUGGAGGGCAGGGAGUGCUGGGCAGGUCUUGGGGCCUGCACUGUCAGCUCUGCUGCAGAAGUGGACCCAGCUCUCCUGCCUUGGUGUGUUGUUGCUGCUUUCCGGGUUUGGCAAACUGGAGUUAGUCACACAAUGUAAGACUUUGAGAAAUCAGUGUCUUGCAGUCCUUUAGCUCUGAGGAUGAAGUUAAUGUCUUUCCUCCCCCCACCCCCCAUAUAAAAGCCUUCAUGCUCUUAAUGUUGAAGAUUUUGUUUCUAAAACAUCCAUCACCACCUGACUUUGAGAAGCAGUCUGUCUCCCCAAGGUUCCUGCUAUGACACUAGCAAGCCCUAGGCCCUCAGUUAAUCCUUAUGCAUGUCAUUGACUUUCUGCAGUCUGCUGAAUGAAUGAGGUCUGUCUUACUGGCUUCCUUUUGCUUGCAAGUGCACUCUGGGAAGUGAGAUGCUCCAGGACCCGGAACGGGAAAUGCAGUGGAUGCUGACUGGACCAUUGUGUGCCAACCUCCUCAACUGAUCCUAAUGGCUGACCUUGGGCAAGUCACUCCUUUCAAUGCCUCAGUUCCCCAUCUGUCAAAUGGGGGUAAUAAUACAGACCUACCUCACAGGGGUGUUGUGAGGCAUUGUAAACCAGAAGUGGUAGUAUACUCGCGGGUCCUCUGUCCAGGAUGCCCUGAGCUGAGCCGCCGAGGCCAAAGCCUUGAGCUCUCCAUCCUCAGCAAGGUUGGAAGUGCCCGGCGGCCUCCACGAGCUCUCUGCCCUCCACCCCGCAUCAAAGUUGCUGCUAGUUCAAGAUGUUUGAAAGUGUUUCAGGAAUGUUGGCAUCUGCACAGUUCAGACAUGCUAAGGAGGUUUCGGGGGAAGGCACUGAGUAUUUUCUAUGUCUUGCAUUCACAAAGAAGCUGUUUUGGACCUGCGAGCGUUGGAUUGGGACUGGGGCGGGGGCAGGGGUGCUCUGCUCCUCUCUCUGCAGGUUCCGAACUUGGGCUCCACCUAGCCCAGAUGGCCUUCAGGAGCAAAGGUUGCCAUCAUUGCUUGUCACUGCCUGCACUGGUCCCACACAACAGCCGUGUCGCCAUGCCCGCUUGUGGUGUUUGCACACAAGCCUCGCUGCCUCAUGGAAACCAGCUGGCCCAGUAGAUGAAACCACCUCAUCCUUUGCCAUGAAAGAGGCAACAUUGCAGUCCUUUUUUAAAAUGAUACAUUUAACACUCAGAAUUGGACAUUGAUCUUCAAGCCUUCCUCUAGUACACUGAGCUCAGCAUCUGUCAUCUCUUAAGUGCCCACAGUCCAUGCCUGACCUUUGACUCUCCUUCACCACCCCUGUUUAAGGAAACUUUGGACAGUGUUUCUAUUUGU